GAUACAGGUUCACCUUAGAUAGAAAACAUUUGAAAGCGUUGGAAUAAAAUAUGCACGAAAGAGAAACAUUUACAGAGUUCUGUAAUCAACACUACUACCUUGUGCAUUUUUCAUUAAAAGCUGUGUCUACACACCUAACCUGACUCAUCGAUGACCACGUAAUCCUAACGUGGCAGUCGUGAACGUAUGUUGAGAAGCGCGUGUUUCGUGUCCCGAAGGGAUACAUAAUAUUUGUUGACAACAAAUAGAACACAGUAUAUCAAUUCUAAUCAAAUAUAGACGAAUUUAAUUUGAUUUGAUAACAUGUGUAUCUUAUCAUAUACGAAGUUACAAUAUCGCUGGCCUUAAAUGUUUCUCUAUUUCAAUUGUAACCUCACUUGCCGGUCAGAACAAAUUCAGAAGAGAAAAGUUAUGAUUACAUUGUUACUUGGAGAAAGUUGAAUUUCAUUUUAUUGUAUGAUAAGAAAAAUGACCUCGGGAUGGGCAGUACAUUUGUUGACAAUAUCAGUAUUAUUAUUCGCCCUUUGUGUGCAAAGUUUUCAGGGUUUGGAAGUGAUAUAUGCAAUAAAUUGUGGUGGAGAGGCGCACACUGACAGUUUUGGAAUUCGUUAUGCCAAAGAUCCAUUAAUGAGCAAAGUUGGUACAGCAUCUGAUUAUGGCAAGCAGUUAAUUAUCGGAAGAAUAAAUGCUAUCGAUCAAAUAUUGUAUCAAACAGAACGUUACCAUCACAGUACCUUCGGGUAUGACAUCCCAAUUAGUGAAGAUGGAGAGUAUGUUAUGAUAUUAAAGUUCUGCGAAGUUUAUUUUAAUUCUCCCAAUAUGAAGGUUUUUGAUGUGGUUUUAAAUGGAGACCAUACUGUUGUUACUGACUUAGAUAUAUUUGAAAGAGUUGGACGUGGCAUAGCACAUGACGAAUAUAUUCCAUUUAAAGUUCAGUCUGGAAAAUUAAUAUACAAUGACGAAGAAUCAGAUAUUUUAGCUGGAAAAAUUCGAGUUGAAUUUAUAAAGGGAUAUAGAGAUAACCCAAAGAUAAAUGCAAUUGUUGUUAUAAAAGGAAAUAUAGAAGAUAUACCACAGUUAGGUCCAAUUCCUCAAGAACCGGAGGAAUAUCAGAAUAUACAGGAAGACGAAGAAGAGUCUACAGUGCGUAGUCGACACACAAGUGGUCCUAGAACUCCAGAUCCAUAUUCAAUUGAUGACUCUUCAAUAAUGUUACCAGUUUUUGUAGCAAUCGGGGCAUUUAUUCCUUUACUAUUUUGCCUCUGUAAAUUAUAGGCAGUGAAAUUUUCUGCACAGAAAUGCCUUGUACUUAAGAAUAAUAGUGUUCUAACCAGCUUAGGUAAAUUUAGCGUGUGAAGAGACGCAAGCAUCGGUCGUGUAUAUAGAAAGAGGAUUUUCGUUUUUAAAGCUACGUCAUCACACUUUAUCAUAGCUAUUUAUUAUUAAUUUAAUGGAAUGAACAUAUCUAUGUACGUUUUUGUAUAACAAACGAUUAAAAUUAGGUAUGAAAUGGAAGACAUGAAAGGUGAGGAUUUGUGCAAUCAUGACUUUUGUUGCCAUUUUAUGUGUUCAUUGGUGAAUUAUUUAAUACGUAAUAUCUUAUGCGCAAUUAGCACAAAGGUUUGCACAUAAUCACCUCUUCCUAAACUGUAAAUCAGUCUAAUAGCAAAAGAGUGGUAAAAAAUGUAAUGCGAAUGGAGUAUUUCCUUUUGUUAGGCUUACGUCUAUUGUUUCAAUUGAAAUUUGUUGUUUCUAUGUUCUCAAGUGUUUCUAAUCACUUUGCGCGUGAAAAAUAUUGUAUAAAAAAUAUUUUACACUCAUUACAUCACAUAUAUUCAGUUGGAAAUGGAAGUGCAUCCGAUAGUCUGUAAAAUACCAAAGGGAUUUUCAUCUUUUGCAAAUCAGAGUAAAUAAAGCUGUUAAUAUUGUCCUAUAA